UACACAUGACUCAGCUGGUGGUCUUGAUCGCUAACUCCUUAAAAGAUGAAAUCCGCCGUAGUGGAAACGGUGCCACUGUCCGCCCCACCUCCGUUGUUGUUGUUUUAAAUGUCAGUACGUAUUCUACUGCUCUAUCGCGCGUGCGACGAUGGCAAAGGGAAAAAUACAGUGUUCAUUGUUUCCAGUAACUUCUUCGUUUGUUAUAAUAUCCCAAACAGACGUGGCGGUUUCACCAUUCAGGAUUUCAGGGUUACAGUUUAGACAUGCUAAUGCAUCCAAGAAGACGAGACAUGAUGCCCUGAAGCUGGGGAGGGACUUUGCCAGACAGGCCAAUUGCUCUGUGAGCGACAUCGUGUGCCUGCUGUCCCUCAGUCCUCAGGCUGUCCUCGCUGCCCAGAUGAAGUCAAGUUCCAAAGUGGUGAAUCCCUUCAGGUUCCUGGAGAUCUUUGAGACCUGGGGGCCCUACGUGGAUGGAGAGCUGAUCAAGGAGCAGGCUGUGACUGCCUUCCAGAAGGGCCACUGGCAGAAGGAGAAACCAGUCCUCCUUGGGACCACUUCAGAGGAGGGGGUGAUAUUUGUGUACGGGGUCUUCACCAAGCCUGUGUCUGCGGUGGAGUGCACCGUCUACACCGCGGCUAUCUUCAAACAGCACGCCCUCAGGAUCCUACACAAGUACCUGCCCCUGUACAAGGACAUUGACCGACGGGACAUGCUGGCUCAGAUUGUUACAGACUACGUCUUCCUUUGCCCCUCCCGUAAGGCAGCCCGGGCAGGCACCAAAGUGGGCAGCGCCGUGUGGAUGUACGUCUUUGACCAUGUGAUAUCGGACCACAGUGUGUGGUCCGGUCUGUCCUUCUGCUACGAGCACGUGUGUCACGGUGCUGAGCUGCCCUUCCUCUUCAACACUGCCUCCAUGGCUAACUUCACGCUGGCCCCACCCGAGAGGCUGCUGUCCAAUCGGAUGUUGUGUUACUGGGGGACAUUCGCCCACACCGGGGACCCGGCCUCACGGAUGCAACAGAGCGGCUUCUGUAGACAGCAGCGCCUGCCGGCCUGGCCCCGCUACUCGGACACCAGCUCCUGGUUGGUCAUGAACUUCACUGUCCGCUCCCAUGCCCAGGUGGGCACCAGGGACCAUAUCUGUGACUUCUGGGACAAGCUGGGCAUCUAUUAGGGCAUAGGGGCGGGCAAAGGUGUUGGUAUUGGUUAUGUAUGCAUACCAUACAUAGAGUGUUAUGUCACAUUUGGCAAUUCACCCUACAGUCGGAAUGGUUGUCACCCUGUACACACCAUUUAUAGAGUAUGACUUACACUUAGAGAUGAUUUGUGAAGCACUUAUGUAGGAGGGGAAGAGAAGAAGACGAUGAGGGGAGAAGAAGACGAUGAGGGGAGAAGAAGACGAUGAGGGGAGGAGAAGAC